AUGGGUCUGUUUAGAAGGGCGCUCACCAACUGCCAGCUCAAGGAGCUGAAACUUCAGAACAGGAAGUAUACUUGGAGCAAUGAGAGAGAUACUCCUACCCUCUUGAGGUUGGACCGGGCCUUCUGUAACGAUGCUUGGGAUCUAAGAUUCGAGCAUCACGGGUUGCACGCCUUAUCCCCCUCCCUCUCGGAUCAUUGCCCGCUUCCUCUCUCAAACCAAAGUGGUCCAAGGAAGCCUCCAGUUUUUCGUUUUAAGUCCUUUUGGACCAAGAUGCCUGGGUUCAAGGAUGUCGUCCAAAAAGCCUGGUCCACACCGUCUUCUCACUCCCAGCCGGUUCAUGUCAUCAACCACAAGCUGAAGUCCACGGCGAUGGGACUCAGAGCUUGGAGUAAAGGGCUCUUCUCCGACUGUAAGCUGCAACUCCUUAUGGCCCUUGACGUUGUUCUUCAGUUGGAUAUCGCCCAGGAAUCUCGCCCACUCUCUCAUGAGGAAAGAUGGCUCCGCGCCAAUCUAAAACGCCGUGUCAAAGGCCUCGCCGCUCUUGAAAGAUCUCGCAAGCGUCAGGCUUCUAAGAUCCACUACCUCCGUGAAGGCGACACUAAUACCAAGUUCUUUCAUCUACGGGUUAAUGCCAGAAAAUGCAAGAAUCACAUCAUGAGGCUCAGGCAGAACUCGGGCUGGGCCGUGUCGCAUGAAGAUAAGGAAAACUUGAUCUUUGAUCAUUUUUCCCAGGCCCUUGGGCGACCUCCUCCUCGACAGUUGGACUUCAAUUGGGAAGCUCUCAACCCUACCGCUCACCUUCUGGAAAAUUUAGGUCUCCCCUUCAACGAGGCUGAGAUUAAGGAAGCAUUGGAAGACAUGCCUGCGGACAAAGCUCCGGGCCCCAACGGCUUCUCUAUCGCUUUCUUUCGCUCAUGCUGGGAGAUUGUCAAGGGAGACCUUAUGAAGACCAUUAAUGCUUUUUCGGAGCUCUCGGUGACUAGUUUUCAUAUCCUCAACUCCGCCAAUAUAGUUUUCUUGCCUAAGAAAGACGGAGAGGAGUCCAUCUCUGAUUUCAGACCCAUUAGUCUCAUUCACGUGAUCCCGAAGAUCAUAGCUAAAGCCAUGGCACGACGUCUCAGCCCAAGAAUGAAUGAGAUCGUGUCCCAUAGUCAGAGCGCCUUCAUCAAGUCCAGAACUAUCCACGACAAUUUCAUGUAUGUCCGGAAUACCGCCCGCCUGUUGCAUCGCAGGAAAGUUCCGGCCCUUCUCAUUAAUUUGGACAUCGCCAAGGCUUUCGACACGAGGCUCCUGGAGAAGGCUACCGAAGCCGGCCUCAUUUCUGCCAUGCCUGGGGGUUUGCAGGGCCCUAGGAUUUCCUUGUACGCCGAUGAUGCAGUGGUUUUCCUCGCCCCUACUGCACAAGAUGUCGCUGGUCUGGCCAGCAUACUUCAACGCUUUGGUGAGGUGACCGGACUCGUGACUAAUGUGGUGAAGAGCUCCAUUGCCCCUAUUCAGUGCGCCGACUUAAACCUUGAGGAGGUUCUAGCAAACUUCCGUGCGACUACAACCCCCUUCCCCAUCAAGUACUUGGGUUUGCCUCUCUCUUUGGGAAGACUCCGACGGGUGGACCUCCAACCUUACAUCGACAAGGUCGUGGCUCGCCUAAGCCCGUGGAAAGGCAAGUUCCUGAAUCGUGCCGGCUGCACCGCUCUGGUUAAGUCGGUCUUAUCCUCCAUGCCUAUCUUCCUGCUGACGGCGCUGAAAGCUGACAAAGGCAUUCUCAAGGCCUUCGCAAAAAUCAGUCGUGGUAUGCUCUGGGCGUGCAAAGAAACGGUCAGUGGGGGGAAAUGCAAGGUGAACUGGCAGAAGGUCUGUCGUCCAAAGGAGCUCGGUGGUUUGGGUAUCUUGGACCUGGAAAAAUUCUCUAGGGCUCUCAGACUUCGAUGGUUAUGGUAUAAGUGGACGGCUCCGGACAAGCCAUGGGUGGGCUCUGAAACCCCCAAUGAUGCCGCUGAUUCAGAACUCUUCAACGCAGCCACUCGCGUCACCAUUGGCAACGGUGCCAAGGCCUCCUUCUGGUCUUCUUCAUGGCUUCAUGGCACCCCUCCAAAGGACCUUGCUCCUCUAAUUUUCAAGGUCUCCAGAAGGAAGAAUCGAACGGUCCAGGAGGCUCUGGCCGAUCAUAACUGGGUUUCGGAUAUCGUGGUCGACGCCUUCACCGUAGAGCACCUGGAACAAUACGUUCGCCUUUGGGAUCUUCUUGCCGAAGUCCAACUUGAUCCAGACUCAGAGGAUUCCAUCACCUGGUCUUUGACCCCUAAUGGGUGCUACUCUGCCAGCUCCGCUUACAAAGCCCAGUUCCUCACAGCUCUUCCUUACCAGUUCGGGAAAAUUGUCUGGAAGACCUGGGCCCCUCCGAAGUGCCGGUUUUUCGCGUGGCUCGCCGUCCAAAAUCGCCUUUGGACCGCCAACCGCUUAGCAAAACGGGGAUGGCCCCAUCACCCCACCUGCCAGCUCUGCAGAUGCUCCCCCGAGACAGCUCGGCACAUCCUCUUUGAAUGUUGUUUCUCCAAGCGCAUCUGGACCGCGGCGGCCUCCUGGCUCUCUUGUCCGGACCUUAUGAACAGUCUUGGAGAAGGUAGAGCGAAGGUCAUUGAUUAUUGGCAGGCCAUCACAGCGACCACUACCUCUUCUCCCAAAGGGCUGCGAUCUGCGGUUAUUCUCGUCACUUGGGAGAUUUGGAAGGAGAGGAACGAGCGCGUUUUGAACAACAAGUGUUCGCUGCCUUCGAUCGUUAUGCACAAGAUCAGGGAAGAAGGAAAAGAUUGGAUCCUAGCAGGUGCCAAGAGCCUUGCGGACUUGAUUACCUGA